AUGUGUAGUUUUACUUUUAGUGACAAUACUAAGAGGUUCCAGAGACUUCAGACUCUUGGGGAAGGUGCAUACGGGAAGGUCUAUAAAGUUCGAGACACAAUCAGCAACUCAGUUGUAGCAUUGAAAAAGUCUUUAAUCAGGAUGGAAGAUGAAGGGAUCCCAACUAGUGCAAUGAGAGAAAUAUGUCUGUUAAGACAGAUGUGCCACCCUGGAAUUGUUUCACUUUUAGACGUUAUCAUGACUGAAAAAAGUCUAUACCUUGUUUUUGAACUUUUAGACCAAGACUUAAGAAAGUAUCUUGACUCUUUAGACCUACGUAUAUCAGAGCUACAGGCAAAGAAAUUUUUACUGCAGAUCUUAAAAGCAGUGCAUUACUGCCAUUCUAACCGUAUAAUUCACCGAGACCUUAAACCCCAAAAUUUGCUCCUCGACAAUAAUUUAAAUAUAAAGAUAGCAGAUUUUGGGCUAUCUAGAGUGUUCCAGAUUCCUUUAAGGCCUUAUACAACCUCUGUGCAGACCCUCUGAUACAGAGCUCCAGAAAUACUUUUGGGAUCUAAAUUCUAUACAACUGCUAUUGACAUUUGGUCAGUUGGCUGUGUUUUCGCAGAAAUCAUAUCUGGGGUCCCUCUAUUCCCAGGGUCAAGAUAUCCAGACCAACUCUUUGCAAUUUUCAGAAUAAUGGGAACUCCAACUGAAGAAACUUGGGCAGGAGUUUCUAGUCUUCCUGAUUUUUCACAGGAUUUCCCAAAAUGGACAACAAUCCCAAUGAGAGAUUUAUUCCCAAAUAUUUCAUCAGACGGACAAGAUUUGUUAUCAAAAAUGCUAACAAUGGACCCAAAAAAGAGGAUUUCAGCCUAUGACUGCUUAAAACACGUAAUUUCUAUUUAGCCAUAUUUUCAAGAUAUUAAUGCUAACGCACUUUAA